AUGACGAGAGGAAAGCCACUGCAGCUCACCUACGGCAUUAACAGAAGCACCAUCACUUUCUGUGACUUCACUGAGAGAGGGAAAGGAAGGGAAGAAGGUGACAAAGAGAGCCAUGCAAAAAGGCUUGAAGAACACAAACACCUACACCCGGCAAAGCCUGUUGGGUUGGGUUGGGUUAGGAAAGAUGAGAUCUUUGGGAUCGAGGAGGAGAAUGGAAAGGUUCCAUAUGUUCGUGCUUCUGAGCUGCGAAUUUUAUGUUUGAGAGCUGUCAGUCCUGUAAAGUUCCUUGCUUUCUUUGUUUCCUCGACGACAAAGCCUAGCUUGAACGCGACAGGGGGCGCAGGAAGAGCCAGGGGACACGCUAGAUCUGGCAGAGGCCUGUCUGAAGCCCUAGCCUUGGUGGCGGAGCCCUGGAUUAACAAGAUGCGGACUUCCGUCGCCGCUGCCGCCGCCACCAAGAAGAAGAAAAAGAAGAAUGACGGCCCCAAGCCGGCGCCUUCCGCCGCCACCGUCGGGAUCCUCUCCUUCGAGGUCGCCAGCGCCAUGUCCCGCGCCGUCAGCCUCUACCGCUCCCUUUCCGAAUCUGAGAUGGCCCGGUUCCGCUCCCAAAUCCUGGCGUCCCACGGCGUCCGCCAUCUCGUCUCCUCCGACGAGCACUUCCUUCUGUCCCUCGCCCUUGCCGAGAAGCUAGACGACCUCAACGGCGUUGCCACCGUCGCCUCCCGCCUCGGCUGCCGCUGCUCCCACCCCGCCCUCCUUGGCUUCGAGCACGUCUACUCCGACCUCCUCGCGGGUCGCAUCGACCCUUCCAGCCUCGGCUUCCUCUCCAAGGACAUGGAUGGGACUAUCCGCAAGAUGGAGCGCUUCGUCUCGGCCACCGCGUCGCUCUACUCCGAGUUGGAGGUCCUGACGGAGCUAGAGCACGCUGCCAAGAAGUUCCACCAAAAUCCAGUCCACGACGCCAGCCGCCGGGCCGUUGACCAGAAAAUCCAGUGGCAGCGGCAAGAUGUUAAGCACCUGCGUGGCUCCUCCCUUUGGAACCAGACUUACGACAAGGUCGUCCUCCUCCUUGCCCGAGCUAUCUGCACCAUCCAUUCCCGGAUAUCCCUCGUGUUCUGGGAGACAAUCUGCAGUUCGGAUUGCCUAGUCGCUGACCAAAGCUGUCAGCUUUCAGAUCAACUCAUUGUUUCAGCUCAUCAUCCAAUUCAUUCAGGGUCCCUAAGAUCAGGUUCCGUAAAUAGCAUUUCUGGUCAGAUCACUAAGACGACUCCUGAUGCUGAAGCGGGUGCGAAGCUCCGGAGGGAGGGCCUCAGAUUCCACUGUGGGGCGAGUCCGGGGAGGCUCUUCAUGGAGUGCCUCAGUUUAGGCAGCUCUGCUUUACUGAAAGAGAGUGAUGAGCAAUUCUCGAACGAGCGGUGUCUCAGCCGUCCUGCUUUCGGUGCUCCGGUUCCAUUUAGCGGCGAAGUGGUUCAGCACAUGAGUGGUAGGAGAUCGAAGUUUGGGCCGAGGAGUAAGCUGACGAUGCUCGCCGCACCCUCUACGGUGGGCGGUUCCGCUCUCGCAUUGCAUUAUGCGAACAUCAUAAUUAUCAUAGAGAAGUUACUGAAGUAUACGCAUCUCGUCGGAGAUGAUGCAAGAGACGACUUGUACCAGAUGUUGCCGUCGACCUUAAGAGCGGCUCUCAGAAGGAGUCUCAAGUCAUGCGUGAAGAAUCUAGCUAUUUACGAUGCUCCUCUUGCGCAUGAUUGGAAGGAAGCACUCGAGAAGAUUUUGAGCUGGCUUUCACCCAUGGCUCAUGACAUGAUCCGUUGGCAGACCGAUCGCAACUUCGAGCAGCAGCAGAUAACGUCGACGACGAAUGUGGUAUUGCUUCAGACUUUGUAUUAUGCCGACAGGGAGAAGACAGAGGAAGUCGUUUGCGAGCUUCUGGUGGGGUUGAAUUACAUUUGCCGGUAUGAGCAGCAGCAAAAUGCAUUAUUGGAUUGUACGAGUAGUUUGGACUUGGAUGAGUGUAUGCCAUCAUGGCAUAUGCAAUACGUUUCUUAGCUUUACUUGUAGUUCAUCAAAAUGCAAAUCGAGAUAUGGAGUUUGUAAUAUUCUUUUCCCCAUGUUUGUGUCUAUGGGCAGACGAGGCAAAGAGUCGAUGAGGGUUCCUUCGU